AUGGUUUGCGGUGGAUUUACUUGUUCCCGCCGCUCUCUUGUGCUGUUAAACAUUCUUUAUGUCGUGGUUUCUUUCAUCCUGAUUGGCGUGGCUGCCUACGGCCGAGUGGCGGCUGUGAUCACCAGCUUGACACUGGUGGGCAGUCUGAUUGCUUGUGGAGUGUUUCUGUUUCUCAUCGCCCUGGUAGGCCUGCUGGGAGCCCUCAAACACAACCAGGUGCUGCUGUUUUUUUACAUGAUCAUCCUGUUUCUGGUGUUCCUGCUGCAGUUUUCGCUGGCUUGUGCCUGCCUGGCGGUCAAUGUGGGUCAGAAGGAGACACUGGCUGAGCAUGGCUGGAAGAUGUCCAGCAACAACACACGAUCGGAGGUGCAGCACCAGUUUGAAUGCUGUGGCUUUAGACAUCAAGAACUAACACAGAACGACACACUUGGACAUCCACCAUGUGUUUCUGACACCCAGUGUUGUAAAGGCCAAAAGUUCUUUUGCUGCAGCGGAAAUAAGACAGAUCCUAGUGGUAGUUGUCCAUGUCAAACAUGCCUGGACGUCCUGCGACCAGUUAUCUACAACGCUUUCACUGUCACUGGUGGUGUGGGACUGUUCUUUAGUUUCACUGAGAUCAUUGGUGUAUGGCUGGCAAUGAGGUACCGCAACCAAAAAGACCCCACCGCAAAUCCCAGUGCUUUUUUGUAG